AUGAAUUCGACGAACUGUGAAUACGGCUUAAGGCCCUAUCCAGAUCAAACUACGAAUGCGUUAAAUCCGUGCUUUCUUUCAGCCGUCUCCCUAGGCCAUUCCAUGGUAUUUGGCAUUAUAGGCAUAUUUCAAUUAGUUCAACUGAUACAAGAAAAGCGAGUUCCACCCAAAUUCAAAUACUCAUCACUAUGGCGCUCUAUGUCCACGAAGCAUAUCAUGCAUCUAUCUAAUGUGGGUCUACAGGCAGUGCUGUUUCUCUGUCUAGUCGCGCUUUCCCCUUUAGAGUCGACAACCAGCAUUGCUAAACUUAGCGCUCUUUCACAACUAUUGUUUGUGCUGUUAAUAUCCGUACCAACCCAAACACUACAGUAUUACAAGUCUACAGCUUCUCUAGCCGGUCAGCUCUUCUACUACUCAACACAGUUUGUUCUCUUCGGCUACCAAAUUGGCCAAAGGGUAAGUCAUUUCCCAGAUACAAGGUUUAAUGUGUAUGGUGGUCAAUACGGAGCUAUACUCGAAAUUGCAUUAAUGUUGAAUGCGCUUUCCAUAUUUUCCUAUGAUUUGUUGUUUUUCAACCCCUCUAAAGAACUCAUCAGUUACUAUUCAGAGAACAAACUAUACCCUGAAUGCAAUAUCUUCGAAAACUUAACAUUUACGUGGAUGAACAAACUUAUUGUUCAGGUUUAUCAUGACGGCGAGAUCAAAGACCCUCACAAAAUGCCACUUCCCCCAAUCAAUCUGAAUGUCAAAGAAAAAGCCGGCCUUUUGAACGCUAAAUGGGAAAAGGAGAAGUGGAAAGGCAGAAAUUCCCUGUUGUGGGCUAUCAUACAUGCUUUUGGCAAAACUCUCGCUUUAGCCUUAACUUUUGAGAUUAUAAAGAACUUUAUGACUAUCCUUCAGCCUCAAUUGCUGAGAUUAUUCAUUGAUGAAUUUAACCAAGAUGAAAGUCGAUCUCAUCCAAUGAUAAAUGCUGUGUUUGUUGCUAUUGCCUUGUUCCUGAUGAAACUAAUCUCGACAUGUUUAUCCAAUCAGUUCUUUAUCACGAUUUUCGAGGCUGGAAUGGGAAUAAGAGGCUCACUGAUGACCAUGCUUUAUCAGAAAUCUUUAACUCUUUCCGCUGAGGCGCGUGAAGAAAAAUCGGCUGGUGAUAUUUUGAACUUAAUGGCUGUAGACGUUUUAAGGAUUCAGCGAUUCUUUGAAACUUCACAAGACAUAAUUGGCUCCCCGCUCGCUCUUGUCACCACAUUAAUAUCAUUAUACACAUUCUUAGGGUAUGCAACACUUGGUGGUGUUGUGGUGAUGGCUGUCAUGUUUCCAAUCAAUAGCUAUCUUUCUCGAAAAAUCAAGACCUACGUUAAGACUCAAAUGAAGUAUAAAGACGCUAGAAUCAAGACUGUCACAGAAAUCCUUAACUCAGUCAAAACUGUUAAGCUAUAUGCAUGGGAGGAGCCGAUGCUUAAGCGUUUGAACCAUGUUCGUAACGAUUUGGAGUUGGGUAGUGCAAAAAAAAUUGCGAUAGUAACAAAUUUGACGUUACUUGCUUGGAAUUGUGUUCCUAUUUUAGUGGCGUCCUCAACAUUCUUGAUAUACGCUAUUACCAUGAACAGGCCACUAUCUCCUGAAAUUGUAUUUCCCUCUUUAUCUUUGUUUGAUAUUUUGAACGAUUGUAUUUACACGAUUCCACGUACAAUCACGAAUUUCAUUGAGACCGGGGUGUCUUUAGGAAGGUUGAAAGACUUCUUUUUGGCUAAGGAACUUGACAAAUCAUUCAUACAACGUGAGAGCCUACCAAGAGACUCGAAGACUCCAGUGAUCGAAUUAAAUAAUGCGACAUUUCUAAGGAAAGCAUUCUCCAAGCCUUCGAAUGAUGAUUAUGAUGAAGAAGCUGCAAUCGAAACCUCCCGAGUUGCACUAAAAAAUGUUGAGUCCUUCAAGGUUUACAAGGGCCAGCUUGUUUGCGUUGUAGGUCGUGUUGGCUCUGGCAAAUCAACAUUCCUGCAUGCCCUGAUGGGUUUUUUGCCCUGUGUCAGUGGCUCUCGGCCUCAGCAGCCACCUAGUUUUCAUUUCAGAGCUAACUCAGUCGCUCUAUGUUCGCAGCAAGCUUGGAUCAUGAACGCGACAUUGAAAGACAAUAUCCUUUUUGGCCACAGGUAUGAUGAAGCGUAUUACAAUGCUACUGUGAGGGCCUGUCAAUUAGGCCCUGACUUGGAAAUUCUUGCCGACGGCGAUGAGACUUUAGUGGGAGAAAAAGGUAUCUCACUAUCAGGAGGGCAAAAGGCCCGUCUCUCUUUGGCAAGGGCUGUUUAUUCUCGGGCCGAUGUCUAUCUUUUGGAUGAUAUCUUAAGCGCUGUUGAUGCACACGUUUGUAAGCUCAUCAUAGACCAGGUUUUGAGCAAAAGUCAGGGACUUUUGAAGAACAAGACUGUUAUAUUGACAACUAAUUCCACCUCCAUCUUGAAGCACAGUAACAACAUUUACGCACUCGAUGGUGGAGAGAUAGUUGAAAGUGGUACUCUUGAUGAAGUUUCUAAGCGAGAUGCAAGUUCUAAGCUUAAAGCUUUGAUAAGCGGCUUCGAUUCUUAUUCCAAACGAGAAGAAAGUGAUGACACUUCUAAGGAACAGAAAGCCUUAGUCGCGGAUAAAGACGUAGAGCACUAUGAUGUUGAGGAAGAUAUUGGGCUUGUAGAUCCGGUUGAAGGAGAAAAUGCAGUGUCUACGGCUCUUCAAUCUCGGAAAGCAUCUAUGGCUACAUUAAGGCCACGCAAGAUUAUCGAUAUAAACGCAGACAACAGAAAGACGAAGCAAAAGGAAGAGAAAAAGGAGCGUGGGAGAGUCAAAACUAAAGUAUACGUUGCAUAUUUGAAGGCAUGUGGCAUCUCCGGGGCCGUGAUCUUCCUGAUAUUUCUGAUAUUUUCAAGAUCACUGUUGAUUGGCGAAAACUUUUGGUUGAAGCAUUGGUCAGAGGAUAAUCAGAAGAACGGCGAAAACGACAACAUCGGAUACUAUGUGGGAAUUUACAUUUUCAUUUCUUUGGCUGCUGCUUGUUUCAACAAUGCUAAAAAUGUAAUUUUGCUUCUAGUUUGCUCUCUUAGAGCCUCAAGGAAACUGCAUGAUGCCAUGGCCAUUGCAGUUCUACGCAGCCCCAUGAGCUUUUUUGAGACGACUCCUGUCGGCCGCAUUAUUAACAGGUUUUCCAGUGACAUGAAUUCUGUGGACGACAAUGUUCAAUAUGUCAUCAGCUUCUUCUUACUUUCGGUUCUCGACUAUGUUAUUGUUAUAGUCGUUAUUGGAUGCCAAGUUCCUCUAUAUUUGGUCGUCAACGCUGCUUUGCUGGUCCUGUAUUUGUAUUACCAAGUUUACUACGUGACUCUAAGCAGAGAGUUAAAACGCUUGAUGAGUACAAGCUUUUCUCCCAUAAUGUCGAUGUUGAGCGAGACGCUUGCAGGUCAUAUGGUUAUAGAUGCUUUCGACCAUUUCGAACGCUUCGAUUACCUCAACCUUCAAAAUGUUCAGUUCAACAUCAAUUGUGUCUUCAACUUUCGUUCCACUAACAGAUGGUUGUCUAUAAGGCUAGAAUCUAUCGGAGCUUUCAUGAUAUUGACAGUAGGUCUGUUGUCACUAGCAACAAUGGCAGGAGACAAGGCACUUACGGCAGGUAUGGUUGGCCUGUUAAUGAGCUGUGCUCUGCAAGUCACGAAUCGACUUAUGUGGAUUGUGAGGAUGUCAGUUCAAUUAGAAACGAACGUCGUCUCAGUUGAGCGGAUCGUGGAAUAUUGCGAUUUGCCACCUGAAGCCCCUGCGGUCAUUGAAAACUGCAGGCCUGAAAAGAAUUGGCCAAGCCAAGGUUACAUUCGGUUUGAUAAUUAUUCUACUCGUUAUAGGUCCAAUCUUGAUCCAGUCUUGAAGAGCUUGAGCUUGGAAAUCAAACCUCAAGAGAAAAUAGGAAUUGUUGGAAGGACUGGUGCUGGAAAAUCUACUCUAUCACUUGCAUUAUUUCGAAUUCUGGAGGCUACUGAAGGAGCCAUUGUCAUCGAUGGCGUUGACAUAAGCAAAAUUGGGUUAGCUGAUUUAAGAACAAACCUAGCUAUCAUUCCACAAGACGCGCAGGCUUUUGAAGGUACGGUUAGAUCAAACCUGGAUCCUUUCGAAGAAUACGAGGACGAGGAAAUUUGGAAAGCUUUGGAGCUCUCGCAUUUGAAACCUCAUAUAGUAAAAAUGGCUGCUGAAGAAGAGGAGGGGGACAAAAAAGGCAACCUUCUAGAAACAAAAAUCAAUGAGAAUGGAAGUAACUUGUCAGUUGGUCAGAGGCAGUUAUUGUGCUUAUCUAGAGCGCUUUUGAAUCGCUCUAAGAUCCUUAUUUUGGAUGAGGCAACGGCUGCUGUUGAUUCUGAAACAGACGGCUUGAUUCAAGAGACCAUAAGAGCAGAAUUCAAGGACCGUACUAUUCUCACUAUAGCUCACCGUAUCGACACUGUCUUGGACAGUGACAAGAUUAUGGUCUUGGAUAGAGGCGAGUUGAAGGAAUUUGAUACUCCAUCAAGUUUGCUAGCCAACAAAAACUCGAUUUUUUAUAAUCUGUGCGCCCAAGGUGGGUAUUUGCAGAGAUCUGCAGAGCAACAAUAA